AUGCAAAGUCCCACGUCCCAUCAGUUGGCAGCAAGGCAAGUCAUCACAAGAGAGCUUCCUGUCUUUAGCGGGGACCCUGUCGAGUGGCCGCUUUUUAUCAGUAGUUAUAACCAUUCGACAGAGGCAUGUGGUUAUUCACUUUCUGAAAACUUGCUGCGUUUGCAACGGGCGCUGAAAGGUGCUGCGAAAGACGCCGUCAGCAGUUUUCUUCUACAUCCGUCUACCGUGCCACAAGUGCUGUCUACCCUUCAGACAUUGUACGGUAGGCCGGAGCAGAUUGUUCAUAACCUGGUGGCCAAAGUUCGAGCAACGACCGCACCCAGGGCGGAUAAAUUGGAGACGCUGAUUCAUUUCGGUUUGGCUGUGCAGAAUUUGUGUGGUCAUAUGGAGGCUGUUGGAAUGACGAAUCACCUGUCUAACCCGAUUCUCCUACAAGAACUGGUGGACAAGCUGCCGGCAAAUAUCAAAUUUAGCUGGGCGCUACACCAAGUGGGUCUACCCGUAGUCGAUUUAAAAGCUUUCAGCGAGUACAUGCGGAACGUUACGGCCGCCACCAGUGGCGUUACAAACUUGUACGUUUCACCGAAGCCUCCGAAGGACGAGAAGCACGAAAAACCCAGGAAUAAAGAACAGGCAUUCCUGAAUACGCAUGAUGCACACGAACGAAAAGAAGCAUCAACCAACCCACCCGGCGAACGGCGAGAACAUCACCAGAAUAAUAUGAGCAAAAGACAAGAAGUAAGCAGGAAUUGUCCUAAAUGCAACGUUACCGGCCAUACCACUGCGAGUUGUGCAGCUUUCAAGAGACUCUCGAUAGACUGCCGGUGGAAUUUUGUAAAGGACAACAAGCUAUGUCGUCGCUGUCUCGUAUCGCACAUUCGCUGGCCAUGCGAAGGCGAAGUUUGCGGAAUCAAUAACUGUCAGAAGCGACAUCAUCGUUUACUGCACAGCGAGCCGAAGUCGACCGGGAAUUCCAGCGAUGCUACCGUCACCAUUCACCAGCUUCCGGUGUCAUCAAUUUUGUUCAAGAUAAUUCCUGUGACGUUGUACGGGAAGAAUGGUGCUGCAGUGAACACCUACGCAUUCUUGGAUGACGGCUCGUCUGUGACUCUCGUAGAACAGGCGAUUGCAGACCAACUCGGCCUGGACAGUCGAGCGCAUUCCCUGUGCAUCCAUUGGACGAGUGGGAUAAAUAAGCAGAUCGAGACUACUGUGCUGGAGAAGCUGAGCAUAUCGCAGCCAAACGGCAGAAGACGUUUCAAGCUAUCCGAAGUAUACACCGUCAAGAAUCUAGGGCUACCGGAACAAUCGCUGGAUUUCGAGCAGCUGGCUAAGGAGUUCGCGCACCUACGACAUCUACCGGUCAAGAGCUUUAAGAGAGCCGUUCCUGGACUACUAAUCGGGCUGAGUAACUCACAUCUGCUGACUACCACGAAGGUUCGUGAAGGAGGAAAAGAUGAACCGAUCGCUGCGAAGACUCGUGUUGGCUGGGUCGUAAGUGGCCGUGUACGAGGGGGAGAAGACAGUUUCCAGCACCGUCAAAUGCUUAUUUGUGCGGAUACGACAGAACGCAAUCUCCAUGACUACGUGCAGGAGUUCUUCUCAGUAGAAAGCCUUGGAGUUGCCGUAGCUCCUAAUCUGGAAGGAGCCGAAGACCAACGAGCACGUAGAAUCCUCGAAGAGACGACAGUUCGGACAGAAAGCGGAAGGUUUGAAACCGGGCUGAUCUGGGCGCAAGACGACAUCGAAUUCCCGGAUAGCAGACCAAUGGCCGAGCGCCGGUGGCGAUGCCUGGAGAAGCGACUCGAGAAGGAUAUUCAGCUAUAUGAGAGCGUACGACAGCAGGUGGCAGAUUUCGAGACGAAGGGGUACAUCCACGUAGUAACUGAGGAAGAGAUGGCAGGUUUCGAUCCGCGACGUAUCUGGUACCUUCCGUUAGGAGUGGUACAGAAUCCGAACAAACCCGGACGGAUACGAGUUAUUUGGGAUGCGGCCGCAAAAGUUAACGGUGUGUCCCUGAACAUGAUGCUCUUGAAGGGUCCGGAUUUGUUGACUCCCCAGCUACAUGUUACUUUCAAAUUCCGCGAACGGGGAGUUACCUACUCCGGUGAUAUACAAGAAAUGUUCUUGCAGCUCGGAGUCAGGAAGGAAGAUCAAAGCGCACUCUUGUUCGUCUUCCGCAAGUCGUCAGACGAACCGCUGAUCACGAUGGCGUGCAAUGUCGCUAUCUUCGGAGCGACGUGUUCUCCGGCGCAGUCACAAUAUGUUAAAAACCUGAAUGCUACGGAGAAUGAGCAGGAAUUCCCCAAGGCGGCAGAUGCGAUUAAGAAUAAGCAUUACGUCGACGACUAUCUCGACAGCGUCGACACUGAAGAGGAAGCCGUCAGCCUAGCACUAGAAGUAGCUGAAGUACACCGGAAGGCAGGCUUUCGAAUUCGCAACUGGGUUUCAAAUCGAUCCUCGGUCCUGCAAGCUAUCGGAGAAGUGAGUCCCGCUGAAGUGAAAGACCUUUCGAUGAAUGGCCAUCAUGGUUUUGAACGUGUUCUCGGGCUGUCUUGGCUAACGAUAGAAGAUGUCUUCUGCUUCAAGUUCAAUCUGCAAGAUGAUCUGAGAUCGUUGAUAGAAGGUGACACCGUGCCGACAAAGAGGAUGAUGCUGAGCUUCGUGAUGAAAAUCUACGAUCCGUUGGGACUGGUUGGUUCGCUGGUGAUUCAAGGGAAGAUUCUGCUGCAGGAUGUUUGGAGAGCUAAGCUGGACUGGGACGAUCGCAUACCCCAAGAUCUGUUCGUACGGUGGAAGCAGUGGCUGCAAGUUCUGAAGGAGUUAGAUAACAUCCGAAUUCCCCGGUGCUAUUUUCCGGGAUAUGAUCCUGCCUGUUUCGAUAACCUGGAGAUCCACAUAUUUGUGGACGGUAGUGAGCAAGCCUACUCUGCAGCGGCGUACUUCCGUGUUCGCGACCAAGGAGAAAUUCGCUGCGCCCUGGUUUCCUCCAAGACGAAGGUAGCUCCACUACAGCAGACUUCAGUUCCUCGACUGGAAUUGCAGGCAGCCGUGAUUGGUGCUCGCUUACGCAAGACAAUCGAAGAAGGUCAUUCGGUACAGAUCAAACGCACAUACUUCUGGAGCGAUUCUAGCACUGUAAUCUCAUGGAUCAAAUCGGAUACGCGCAGAUACCGGCAGUACGUGGCGUUUAGAGUUAACGAGAUCCUAUCCCUGUCAAAACCCGACGAAUGGCGAUGGCUGGGAACGAAAGUAAAUGUCGCCGAUGAAGCGACGAAGUGGGGUAAAGGUCCGAACUGCAAGUCCGACAGUCGAUGGAUGCGUGGACCCGCCUUCUUGUACCAAGAGGAGAGCGAUUGGCCGGUGGAUAAGUUCGCGACAAUGAGCGGCCCCGAAGAAGAGCUGCGACCGGCGUACGUCUGUAGUCAUUUCCUAUCAGCGCAAUUGAUCGAUGUGUCACGUUUUUCGAAAUACGAGCGACUGUUACGAAGCAUGGCGUAUGUGUACCGGUUCACUGGGAAGUUGUUGCAACGAAUCGGAAAACGACCGAAGAUCGACGAAGAUAAUGUCAGCAGUGAAGAUUUGCAGAAUGCAGAGGUGUGUCUUUGCCGGAUCGCACAAUCAGAAUGUUAUGCGGAUGAGGUAGCUACGAUGAAUCGCAACGUACGCUUACCACCGGAGUACCGUAAAGCUUUAAGCCGCAGCAGUUCGAUAGCGACUCUCUCUCCGAUGUUGGACGAUCGAGGUGUGUUGCGCGUGGAUGGUCGCAUUGCAACGGCAGAUUGCGUGGAAUACGAUACGAAGUUCCCGAUAAUCUUGCCCAAGCGUCACCCGAUCACCAACUUGCUGCUGAAUUGGUACCAUCGAAAAUUUCGUCACGGCAACAAUGAAACGGUGGCGAACGAAAUUCGUCAGAAGUUUACUAUUCCGAAUUUGAGAGCGCAGAUCCGGUCAACGGAAAAGCGAUGUGAGUGGUGUCGCGUGUACAAGGCCACCCCUGUAGUUCCAAAGAUGAGUCCCGUUUCUUGGUUCCGCACCACCCCUUUCGUUCGUCCGUUUACCUUCACAGGGAUCGACUACUUUGGACCGUAUCUGGUGAAAGUCGGUCGUAGUGCUGUUAAACGCUGGGUAGCGAUCUUCACGUGCCUGACCAUCCGAGCUAUACACCUGGAGGCAGUGCACAGCUUAACAACCGACUCGUGUAAGAAGGCAGUUCGGCGGUUCGUCGCUCGGAGAGGCGCGCCGAAAGAGGUGUAUACAGAUAACGGGACAAAUUUCGUAGGCGCCAGUAGAGAGCUUGAGCAGGAGUUGCGGGACAUCAACCGAGCCCUGGGUAGCACUUUCACGGACAUCGAUACUCUAUGGCGGUUCAACCCACCGUCCGCUCCGCAUAUGGGUGGAUGCUGGGAGCGGAUGGUGCGUUCGGUAAAGACGGCGCUGGGAACACUGCCCACGUCGCAGAAGUUAGACGACGAAUCGCUCGUGACAUAUCUAGCCGAAGCUGAGCACAUGAUAAAUUCUAGACCGUUGACGUAUCUACCGCUGGACAGCGCGCAGCAGCAGUCGUUAACUCCCAACGAUUUCCUGAUGCUCAGCUCUAGUGGUGUACGCCAGCCAGUAAAAGCGCCGGCUAAUGUCGGAAAAACGAUGAAGGAUAGUUGGGGACUGAUGCAGCAGAGCCUGGAUUCGUUCUGGAAUCGUUGGAUUACCGAGUACUUGCCGAUCCUAACUCGGCGGUCCAAGUGGUUCUGCGAUGUGCCACCGAUCAAGGAAGGAGCGUUAGUGAUGGUAGCCGAUGGGAAAGUUCGGAACCUGUGGAUUCGAGGUCGAGUAAACCGAAUCUACCCUGGGAAAGACGGAGUUGUGCGUCGGGCGGACGUGGAAACAGCUACCGGCAUGUUGAAAAGUAGAGCAGUUUGCAACCUAGCGGUUCUGGAUGUGAGCGAUCCUGACGGAGCGAGUCGCGAAGGACAAAACAACGGCGAAUUUGGUGCCGUACGGCACGAGGGGGAGGAUGUUACUGUGGGUAACGACGAAAAGUAA